AUGAAGACAGUGGUGAUGGAGCAACAAACGCCACCACUGCUAUUCAUACUUCUUCUAUGUACCCUCUCUGCUAACUCAUCAUUCCAGCCUGCCCUGGUGUUGGAAAUGGCCAAGAUUCUGCUGGAAAACUACUGCUUCCAUGAGAACCUGGUUGGGAUGCAGGAGGCCAUCCAACAAGCAAUCACCAGUGGAGAAAUACUGCAGAUUUCAGAUAGGAAGACCUUGGCAACUGUGCUCACAGUCGGAGUACAAGGGGCACUGAACGAUCCACGGUUGACUGUCUCAUACGAGCCCAAUUUUGUCCCAGUGACGCCACCAAUGCUGCCAUCUCUCCCCAUAGAACAACUGAUCCGGCUGGUGAGGAACUCUGUGAAGCUGGAAAUACUGGAAAACAAUGUUGGCUAUUUGCGAAUAGAUCGGAUCAUCGGGGAGGAGACAGCAGCAAAGCUUGGCUCCCUGCUGAGGGACAACAUCUGGGACAAAGUUGCUCUCACUUCCUCACUGAUUUUGGACCUGAGGUACAGCACAACUGGACAACUGUCUGGCGUUCCCUUUAUAAUCUCCUAUUUCUCAGAUCCCGAGCCCCUCAUUCAUAUCGACACAGUGUAUGACAGGCCCUCGAAUACAACCAUGGAGCUGUGGACCAUGCCAUCAGUGAAGGGAGAAAGGUAUGGAAAGAAGAAAGAUGUGAUUAUUUUGACCAGUAAGCGUACUGUGGGGGCUGCUGAGGCAGUAGCAUAUACACUAAAAAACCUAAAGAGGGCCAUCAUAGUUGGAGAAAGGUCUGCUGGUGGGUCAGUAAAAGUCAAAAAGAUUAGAAUUGGAGGAUCAGAGUUCUACAUAACAGUUCCCGUGGCAAGAUCUGUCAGUCCAAUCACAGGUCAGAGCUGGGAAGUAAGUGGCGUUUCCCCAACAGUCAACAUCAUCGCAAAGGAAGCUGUGGCAAAAGCCAAGUCCCUUCUGGCUAUAAGGAGUGCCAUUCCAAACAUUGUGAAGAGUAUCUCUGACAUCAUUGGGAGGUUGUAUGCUUUCACUGAUAGAGUUCCAGCUCUUCAACAACAACUCCAAUCUACAGACUUAUUCUCAGUCACAUCUGAGGAGGAUCUGGCAGUCAGACUCAACCAGGACCUCCAAACUGUUUCCGAAGAUCCGAGACUGAUCAUCAAAUACAUGCAAGAUAAUGGCGCCAUUGUAGAGGAGGACCCUGAGCUUUACAAAGUUCCUGAUGAUCCAGAAUUAUUAAGAGCACUGGUUGAUACAACAUUUAAAGUGGAAAUUCUCCCAGGCAAUACCGGUUAUCUCCGCUUUGACAAGUUUGUUGAGUCACCUGCAGUGACGAAACUAGAAGAGGUCAUGGCCAAAACAGUGUGGGAGCCCCUAAAAGACACCAAGAACCUCAUUAUUGACCUACGCUAUAACACCGGUGGAUGCUCUACCUUUCUAGCACUUAUACUGUCUUAUCUGCAGGACACUUCCCAGAAGCAUCACUUUUUCACAAUAUAUGACCGAAUUCAGAACACAACAACAGAAUAUUACUCUCGUACCCAAAUUACAGGCCCAACCUAUGGCUCCAAACGUGGGGUUUAUGUGUUGACCAGCUACUACACAGCAAGUGUUGGUGAAGAGUUUGCUUACCUGAUACAGUCUCUACAUCGUGGCACAGUCAUUGGGGAAAUUACAUCUGGUACCCUAAUGCAUUCAAAGAUGUUUCAAGUAGAGGGGACAGACCUUGCCAUCACUGUCCCUUUCAUAAACUUCAUAGACAACAAUGGGGAAUGCUGGCUUGGGGGUGGUGUUGUCCCUGAUGCCAUUGUGCUAGCCGAGGAAGCUGUGGACCACGUUCACGAUAUUUCAGACUUUCAUCAAGGGCUCAGGUCCCUCAUGGAGGGAACUGGGGAACUGUUAGAAAAACACUACGCAAUCCAUGAAGUCGCCCUAAAGGUCAGUAAGGUGCUGUUGAGCAAAUGGGUCGAGGGAAUGUACUGGUCAGUAGUUGACUUUGAAUCUUUGGCAUCUCAGUUGACAACAGACCUUCAAGAGGCUUCAGGCGAUCACCGCCUCCAUGUGUUCCAUUGUGACGUCGAGCCUGAGUUGCUUCAUGACGUUGCAAAGAUCCCUACAGCAGAAGAAGUGGGAUAUAUAAUUGAUGCUUUGUUUAAAAUUGAGCUUCUGCCAGGUAAUGUUGGCUAUCUAAGAUUUGACAUGAUGGCAGAUAUAGAGGUGUUAAGAGCCAUUGGCCCACAGCUAAUAAAAUUAGUCUGGAGCAAAAUCACAAACACAGAUGCCCUUAUAAUUGACAUGAGGUACAACACUGGUGGUUAUUCAACAGCAAUUCCUCUACUGUGCACAUAUUUCUUUGAUGCUGAACCUUUGCUGCACCUUUACACUAUCUUCGACCGCACCACAACCACCAUGACAGAGAUCAUGACAUUACCUCAAGUCAGGGGUCAAAGGUAUGGGUCCUCCAGGGAUGUUUACAUCCUCACCAGUCACAUGACUGGGUCAGCAGCUGAAGUGUUCACCCGCACUAUGAAGGACCUAAAUAGAGCCACAAUCGUUGGAGAGCCAACAAUUGGAGGGUCUCUGUCAAGUGGAACCUAUCAGAUCAGGGACAGUGUUCUGUACGCUUCCAUCCCUAACCAGGUUGUUUUGAGUGCCAUCACUGGGAAAGUGUGGAGUGUUUCAGGGGUUGAGCCUCAUGUUGUUGCCCAGGCAAGUGACGCCCUUCAUGUAGCACAGAGACUUAUAGCAGGAAAGCUGUUGAAGAGAGAGCAUGGGGAAUAGCUCCUCAUAUUGUAUUUUCAUUUCCUUUAAAAAAAUACUACUUAAUUUUUCUUCUGUUAAGCCACCACUUUGACCCAAAAAAGUCCACAAUUUAAGAGCCACAUGUGUUAGGACAUGUGAUCCACUGACCACAGACACAGUAUGUAAAACAGUCUUGUCCUGUAAUGAUAUUUAACAACUGCAUGUUUUUGCCAAUUAUUCCUUAAUUUAAAGGCUGUAACCAGAGACGUCUUCUUGUCACAGCAGUCAGAUUCACAGAAACUUACAGUCACAGGGUGUGUACCAUGCCUUUUCACAAGAAUAUAGAAAAGGGAGAAACCAAGGGCUUGUGUAACUAUUGGUAGAUUUAAUAUGAAAUUUUAUAUUUAAAAUGUAGCUAAUGCCUUCAUCCAGACAGACUUGCAGUGAAUGAGCAUGGAUUCAGUGUACAUCUCAUUACAGGAGGGAACUUAUCAGCUGUGGAUAGGAUCAACCCUUAAAACUACUUAUCUACUAUGGCAUUAAAAACAAUAAGGAGGAUGUAAUGUCUGAUAACUGCUUAAAAUUACAAUUGCCUAAUUUCACUGUGAACUGUGAGGAAGUGUUGAAAAUUCCAAAUUAAUAAUAAAUCACAGAACAUUUGUGUUUCUUAAAGUAAACUACAUUGCACUUUGUUAUUUAUAUGACAACCGUAUAAACCCCCACCUGUAUAUUUUAUUCACAUUAUAUAAAGUUGCCUCUUUCUCUCGUUUUAUCAAUUUCUGUCCGAUUCCCUUUCGUUUCAUUUUAAAUGCCAUCUAUUGGUCAAUGUUCUGUACUUUAUGCAUGAAAAGUGAUUUUGAUCAUUAUGUAAUUGUAUGUUGUGCUAAUUUUCUUCAUUCUUUAUGACUGUCAUGUGGAAUGCAUAUUAUUUUUGGGUCAUUGUUUGCCCUUUUCGCUUUGCACUGUGUUUUUUUUCAGUCUGCUGUAUUAAAUAUCUCAGCUUUUCUGUUCCUUAACUACAAAACUUAACCAGCAGAGGGCGCAAGCACCAAACAGACUGAAACUGAAUACUGCUGUUCACUUCCACACCACUUCAGAAAAGAGACAACCACCA